AUGGGUAGAGUUACUGUACCCACCCUCCCUGCAUCUACAGUCUCCAAGAUUCUUGGCGACAUAAAAUACAAAGCGCUAACUAGAAAAUCACAAGUAGAUAAACACAACUCACAACAUUCAAUUAAUAGAAGGUCUAGCAAACCAGCACCACACCAAGUAUCAAAGGGACAAAUUGUGACAUCAAAAACACAUCCCAUCGCAAAACACCUACUCAAACUUGCAAAUAGCCCCAGUUAUAGAAGAAAUAAAAAUUCCACUCUAUUGACUUCUAAAAAGUUGGUUAGUGACUAUUGUUCACUCGGAAGGGAUCUACUCAAAGUCUAUACUCACUCAUUAAACAGCUUACCCAAGGGAAUACAUUUUGCCCAGCUAUUAUUAGUAUCUAAACACAUCCUUAAGGCAGCUUCUGGGGUUAAAAGCUUUGAUGGAGGUAUCGUGGCGGAAGUCCCAUUACCAAAAGUAUCGAAAUUCGACGGCCCCGUCGUAGGUAGAAGGAUUCUCGCAAUACCAUGUUUUAAUGGUCACGGAAAGAGAGUACAACAUCAUUUUGGCACUCUAGUACGCACCGCACUUAGCAUGAGAUGGGACGGCGUGUGGCUAGUAGGUGAUGGAAAUCCUGAUUUCUUAGAUCCUCUGACCAUUAGAAUAUCACAGGCCUCUCUAUACCACAUGCCCUUUAGGUAUGGGUCACUUGGGGAAUUGUUCGAAUUUGCCAAAAAUAACUCGUUCGCCGUAUGUACCACAACAUACGAUAAUAUCACCGAUGAUCUACACAGCUCUGGCCAUGAAAGCCAUGCCUGCUACACGAGUGAUAGAAAUUCGCCAAAUCUAGCUAGCAUACCAACCACUACCAUGGACAGCAUCCAUACAGAAUGUUCUAGAGGCAAUACAGGCCCCAAGUUUACCAAGGGAAAUGCCGAGUACUGGCCCAGCAGGGCAUGGUCAGAACUUAACAGCAGCAGUUUAGUGCCGCUGGGCGAUGUAAGGGACAUUGGUAAGGAAGCAAAGGGCAUAAUAUUAUUGGUCGGACAGAACAAAAGCUACGGCCGCUACCAAGGCUACCUGAGUUACUGCAUUAGUAUUACAGGCGCAGCACAGUCCAAGUUUCCAAUUACUAUUGAUCCCACAACUAGCACUGCACUAGUUAUGUACCAUCUCACUUAG